AAGCCGGAGUAAGUCGGAGAGAGAAAGGGCGCAAGCAAGAGAGAGAGAAGUACGAAUACGAAGUGUGGAAGUGCGAGUGCGUGGAUGUGAGAGUACGUGAGUUUGGAGCAGGAAUAUUUAAAAAAUACGACGCCGGCUUUAGGUGAUUCCACAUCGACGCGCGACAGUUCGUGACCGGUGCACAGGAAUGAACGGAACAGCGAAACGGACACGCUUCUAACGGCUCUCGUACACACGUGUAUGUCCAUUUCGUGAUCGAUUCGGGGGCUAGUGUUGUCGAGAAAAAGGAACGACGUAGUGAUCGGAGUAUAUGUAUACGUACGGUGAUACGAAACGGAGAAACAGUGGGGAAAAAGAGCGAAAGCUCGUAGUGAAAGGAUAUCGAAGGGACACGAUACGAGGAGCAGGAAGAGAGUUACUAAAAACAGUGUCAAACGGUUCACGCGAGCAAAGUUCUUUCGCCUCGUGUCGUUACCACCGGUGAUCGUGGAUGAACGUUCGUCUCUUUGGUGUCCCUGUCGUCGACGUAACGGUGACCGAUCGAAGAAAAAUUUGGAAUGUAACGUCGGUAGGGUAGAAGAACGGCAACAGUAGUGGCAGUAGCUGCGGCAACGACACCGACAGCGACAACAGCAACGGCAACGGCAACGGCAGCGACGGCGACAGGGCGACCGGACGGGUGGAGUGUACAGCAAGAGGGAGAGAGCACGGAGGAUCACUCUCGCUUUCAUUUCGCUCUCCCUCUCUAUCUUUCCUUCUCUCCUCUGUCCCUCUCUCUCUCCCUCUCUUUCUACUUCUUUCUCCCUUGCUUGCGCGGCUGCUGCUGCUGCUGCUACUCGUCGACUACUAGGAGAACGGAGAGGGAAAGAGAAAACAAGAAAGAGAGCGAGAGAGCACCGGAGGAAGAGAAGCAUCAUAAGAAAGACAGAGUUGGAGCGUGUGCCGGUCGAGAAAGAGAGUGUGAGAGAGAGAGAGAGAGAGUGAGAAACAGCUCGUCCAACUGAAGAAACCGAGGAGAAGGAUCGUACAAAUCAAUCGCCUUCUAACAAGCCACAUUAACCUCAAGUGAUUUCUAUUUUCUUACGAAGCGCGAAAGAAGUAAUUAGUGUGUUUAUAUCGACGUAAAGAUAAAAAAAAAAAAUAAAUAAAAAAGCAUAAAAAACAAGAAAAAGAGGAAGAAAAAUAUUCGAAAGAGCUUAGGUUCAGAGGAAGACAAAACAUUAAGAGCUAUAGUAAUCUAAUUAGUGUACAAAGUAUAUCUGAAACAAAAAGAAAAAUAAGAAGAAGAAAAAAAAGAUAAAGUCCGCCAGUGCCAAAUCAAAGGAAAGGUAAACAAAGUAAGACGAUUAUAAUAACAAAAAGUAGGAAGGGAGACACGAAGACAAAAAGGGAAGAAGAGUAUAAAAAAUAUUGCGCGAAGAAAAGGAAAAAGAAGGAUAAAAAAAAACCGUAAACCAAAGAAUCUACCAUUUCUUUUUUCUACUAAUCACUCAGCAAGCUAACGAUAUACACUUGGUAACCAGCGAGGAAGCGAGCGAGCGAGCAAGCCCGCCCAAUCUCUUCGCGAACAGAUUAAUUAAGUGGGAAUAGCCGAACCGGCAAAGUUUUCUAAGCUAUAAGGAAGUUUUAUGUAAUAAGCGAGUAAUAAAGUAAAGUAAGAGUAAAGUUUUCAUUUUUUUAAACAAACGGACGCACCUACUACAGAGAGAGAGAGAGGCAGAAAGAAAGUGAGAGAGCGAGAGAACGAGAGAACGCGAGCGAGUAUCUAAUUAAGGAAGGAGUCCCAUCCAAAGCGAAAGACAGACGGAGAACGCAGGCCGCCCUAUAUAUCCAGAAAAGGGGACUCGCAUAUAAUUACUCCCAGAGAAACCGAUCUACUUCAGUUCGUAGCCUAAACCUGUUGAGUACAAACGACAGAAAUAGAGUUAUAGAGAGAGGUAGAGAAGCCAGUGUGCGAGAACGAGAGAGAGAGAAAGAGAAAGAGAGAGAGAGAGAGAGAGCGAGUAAAAAAGCACGUGAAAGUGAGAAGAUGAACGAGAGAGAGUGAGAGCGAAAGAGGAACGAAGCUCUAAAUUUCGAAAGAAGAAGACAAAAAUUGAGAUAAAAUAAACAAUCACACAAUCGUACACCUACAGCUAUACACACACGUACAAAUCGAAGGAAGAGGAGAGAAACCGAAAGCGGAACGAAACGAAAGAAGAAUUCGAACGCGUUUCUGCAUCAAGGCAUUUACUUGAAGGGAAGAAAACGUUUGGAAGGCAAGAAGGACUCGUCUCGUUCUGCCAGAUGUCAGGGUGUCGAACAGCACGCGUCGAGCAGCGCGGAUAAUCCCGAUAACGAGUAUCCAGUCACGAUCGUAGAGGACGAAGAGAAGUGGCAGUGCAAGUGGAAGGUGGAAGUGGCAACGGACGAAGAGGAAGUGGUGGAAGGUUGGAAGGUUACAAGAUUCGUCGUUAACCGUCGAUCCGUUUAUCCAGAGGACACAUAAGAAAAAAGAAUCGUGAAGGGUAACGCGACCUCCUGCGAGCAGGGGGCUCGAGUCGAGAUGACGUGGCGAGGAAGAUGAGCGCCGAGGUCACGAAGGAGGUCGUCGCCACCGAGAGGGUAGCAGGUAGCCCUCCGGCGGCGGUAGCGACCUCGCCGAGCUCGGUCGGUCCAGGUGAUCCGGCGCGUCACCUACCACCGUUCAGCAGCUUCGCCGGGGACAACGCGAUGGACAGCUCGACGACACUGACUACCCUUCAUCCCCAGGACGUUGGACUGGGACUGACGUCCUCCUGGGACUACUACGAGGGACUGACCGGUCGAUUGAUCGAUUCUCGUGGCGAGGUUGUGCUCGCCAGCCAGUACAGGCCUUGGGAGUCGAAGAACGCAGCCGGUGGAGGUGGACCGCCUGGCGAAGGUCUGCCAAGCUUCGCGAGUCAAUUCACGGCACCGAGCGAAGCCGAGCCCCAAUUGACCGCGCUCACCCCAUUGUCACCAGCCUCGAUAUCGCACUCUCCACCGGUCACCUCCGCUGUCGGUCUGCCGAGUUUCCAUACCCUCGGUACACCGCUUCCAGCGCCCCAUCCUCACAGAGGCAGCGUGGGAUAUCCGUUGGUGCCGGCGCCGGUACAAGCCAGAGAGGUGCCUGCCCUUCAACAGCAGCUACUAGACGAGAGGCAUAUACAAUUGUUAGGCUCCAGUCCCGUACAAGCAUUUCCACCACCGCCGCCUGGUCACCCGCACCACACGGUGCUGACUGUGGUCAAGCCAGAAUACCCGCAAUUGCAUCACGCCAACUUCCAAAACCCUAUGUCCACGGUGUUAGACUCGUCGCCUACCUCCAGGCCGAUCGGCAUCGACGGCAGGAAGAAGGAGCGCAGAAAAAUACGUGCCGGCUCGAUGGAGUCCGAGGACAGCGCCGGGGCUGGCAACGUCGAGAGUUCCGGCCAGGUAGCCGCGGUCUCGUCCACCGCGAACAGGGGACCUCAUCACCUGGGCGGCGGCAUAGCUGACGCCGACGGCGACAGUAGCCUCAGCGACAAGCCGGCCAAGAAGAAGCGCAAAAGGUGCGGCGAGUGCAUCGGCUGCCAACGGAAGGACAACUGCGGGGACUGCGCGCCGUGCCGGAACGACAAGAGCCACCAGAUCUGCAAGAUGAGGCGAUGCGAGAAACUCACCGAGAAAAAGCACCUGUACCAUCUGCAGACGGGCGAGGGUGCGUUCAGGGAGAGGGGCAGGGGACGAGGCAAAGGUGCAACCAGGAGUUAUCGAAAGAUCGCACGGCAAGUCAGCACACCGGACAGCGCACCUGCAGGCUUAGGCAGUCCACAGGCUGGCAUCGGUGGGCUACAACAACAUCAGCAACAACCGCAACAGCAAACGCAACAAACGCUACAUCAGCCGGAUCCCAUGCAGCAGUCCAAGGACAAUCUGAAUCCUGCGGCGAACCAGCAAACCGGUGCACUUAGAAACGGAAAUCCUCCGCCUCCUGUCGUUUCUAUGUCACCCGGAGUGAUGCCGUUCUACGGCGAUUCUGGUGCCGGCUUCCGGCCAGCAGCCGGUUUUGGGAAUACUGUUUGGCACCAGGGAGUUACUCCCGUGGGAACAGUUGCGGUUGAAACGUCAGCAGCACCAUGGCCACCUCAGCAGUUCAUUCAACAAAUUCCUGCUCCGAAUCAGCUCGAAGAGCUGAGGUAUCAUACUCAGUACACCGCUGCCGCUCCAUACCACCCACAACCAGUCGCAUAUCAGCAGCAGACUUUCAUUACUACGGAUCAGUCGGCAUUUCAACGAGCCGGAGCGACAGGACAAUACACAAUCACGGGGCAGCCCUCGCCCUUGCCACCAGUCGCCCCGCAAACGGUACCAUCGACAGCUCAGAGGCCACUAAACGGUCAAUUCAUGGAUCCCGCUGCUACUGCGACCCAAUCAGUUGGUUAUGAAAGGCAGGAUUACGUCAAUGGUUACCAACAACAGGACGUGACGAUGGCACCACCGCCUUCAACCACCCCCACGAGUCGUAGUAGCUCGGUGCACAUGGAUAACCAGCAGCAACAGCAAGCAUCCCAGCAGGCACCGUCGCAACCCCAGCAACAGCAGACCGACACUCAGGUGAAAGGAUUCGCGACGAUCGCAGCCAGCAACGUGUCGGGAAACGAGAUGCCUGGGUAUCCACUUCAACCGGGCCCUCAGAGUUUACACAACUCUAACGGAUAUCCAGGCUACGUGGAAAUGGGUCAGCAACAAGUACAGAACCAAUGGCAGCCCCAGGUGGCUCAACAGCAGUCGCAUCAGCAGCAGCAACAACAGCAACACCAACACAUGCAACGGCAGCAUUCGGUGUCCGAUGCUGGACAACGACACAUAUGGUCCGACACUAGUACCGGUGCAAAGAUGAACAACGUAAGCAACAGUAUGAAUUGGUCGGAUGGAACGUUGCAGCAACAGCAACAACAGCACCAACAACAGAAAUCUCAACAGCAGCAGCAGCAGCAACAAUCGAGUAUGCAGAGUAACAGUAUGAAACAACAAGAACAGCAACAGCAACAGAGCAUGCAGAUGCAGGGGCAACAAGAAUUACCCAGGCCAGCCAGUCACAUGAGCUGGGAAAAUGGUAGCGUGAAGGAGACUCCGCAUACACCGCAAUCGUGGACAGACAAUACAGAUAAUCAACAGCAACAAACUCAGGGAAAUUGGUCUCGACAAAGUCCGAAGCUGAGGGACACGCAGAAUCCAAGAUUGACACCCUCUAGUCAACAACAGCCUCAGCACCAAGGGUGGCUACAGCAUUCUCCGAAGUUGUCGGACCAUCAACAGAAUCCGUCUCACCAGAACGCCAGAAUGACGCCUUCCGGCCAACAACACAGUUGGCAACAGAGUAGUCCAGAGAUGCAGGCACAACAGAACUCUAAUCAAUCGAAUCCGAGGUUAACGCCGCAGCAACAACAACAGCAAACCCAGCAGCAACAGCAGCAACAGUGGUCGCAGCAGACGAAGAUAGAAAAGAAUCCCAGACUCACGCCGUCUAAUCAGAUGUCCUGGCCAGACACGCCAACUAGUCAAUCGAAUUGGUCGCCGAAUAGUAUGAAGAGCGACGGUAGUCAACAACCGCAACAACAAUGGCCAGACUCACAGCCUAGUCCGAGGAGAACGCCCGGUCAUCAACCGGCCGCGUGGCAGCCUCAGCCACAAGAGAACAAAAUGGACAACCAGAUGUCCUGGUCGCCCAGUUCGGUGGCCGAGAAUCAACCUACGUGGGGCCAACAGACAACCAAGCAAGAUAUGCAGAACUCCGGGGAAAGAGUGCUAUGGCAGCAACAAACAACGGACACCAGUAAACCGAACGGGUUCUCGGAUAACCAAGAUGCUCAGGAGAGUAACGUAUUUGCUCAAUCUAAUCGUGUUAAUUUGAACAGUCGACUGAAAUCUAUGAUCCUGAAUAAACAACAACAGCAACAGCAGCAACAGUUGCAACAUCAACACCUUCAACAGCAGCAGCAGCAGCAAGCUCAACAGCAGGCUCAGCAGCAGGCACAGCAGCAGGCUCAACAGCAAGCUCAACAGCAAGCUCAACAGCAAGCUCAACAGCAGGCUGCACAUCAGAUGAGCCAUCAGGAACAACAACAGCAACAACAACAUCACAAUAUGCACCAUCAGAUGCAAUCUCAUCACGUGAAUAGUAAUAGUGGAACGAAUCGGGAUUAUCACAGCGAAGAUCGGAUGCGAGACUCGCACGAAAACUCGGACAAAAUGCAGGAGAAACAACAAAAUGAACAGUAUUUAAGCCAGUCGAACAUGAUCUCGAUGACGCAGUCGAACGAAUCUUUGACCGGUAAUUUUUUAUUGCAUAGCCACCACCCUCGGGCCGAUAGUUUGCCCGACGGUGGUGGCUUAUGGGAGUGGUCAGGUGGAGGAAACAACGGCAGUGUACUGUCUGAGAACGGUAUGACGGUCAUCGAAAGUUUCAUCAAGUUCGGCUCGGAGAACAAAACCGUACUAGAGAAACCCUGUGAGAAACAACAAGAGCAACAUCAAGAACAACAGCAUUUAUGGAAAGAGGAGAUGAAGAGCAACGACAAUCAGACAAUCGACGACAAAUCGUUUCAAAGAAGUUUGUGCUUAGAUCAGACCAACAACGACAAAGUUUUCGAGCAGUGUGAAAACAACGCGGACAACAGCGAGAAGUGCGAGAACAGUCUCGAUUUCCCGGAAACGACACAGGUGUCGUUGAUCAACGAGGAAGACAGACCGUACGUGGAGAGCACCGACAAGACAACGUCCUCGGAGACGAACUGCGAUUCCUCGCAGAUCAUCAAGCAGGAAAACGUCGGCGAAUACGGUUGUUCCAGUUCCGACUGCGUUUCAUCCCCGGCAGCCUCGUCCAAAAGCGAAAGCUGUACAACGAAGGAGAUCAAAAGCGAGCCGGAUCAAAGAUCACAGGAAAACUCCGAUUACAUGUUCCGUGGAGACGGUGGUCCUGCCAAAGUAACAGCAGGCACCGGUUCCUGGUGUUGUCGCAGAGGCGGUACCGAACAACCGACACCAGAACAUCUACGAGACGGUUGUUGUCAAGGUCUGCAAACAAGGGACGAGAUAUUAGCCGACUCAGCCGACAAGUCCGACGUAAAGAACGAAGGUCCACAGAGUCCUAGAAGCGGUAGCGUGCCAUCGGCAACGACUAAAUUGCAAGAUCACUUGGACAAACUGAAGAACAAUGUCAGGACCGAAGUGCCGGACUGCAACUGCUUCCCCGCCGACAAAUGUCCACCAGAACCCGGCUCGUACUACACUCAUCUCGGGGCGGCUGCAAGCCUGCCUGACCUACGGAACGACCUUGAAAGAAGAACCGGCCUUAAGGGAAACGCCAUAAGAUUCGAAAAGGUCAUCUACACUGGAAAGGAGGGAAAGACGACUCAGGGAUGUCCGAUGGCCAAGUGGAUACUCCGACGAUCCGGUCUGGACGAGAAGAUCUUGACCAUAGUGAAACACCGGCAAGGACACAAGUGUCCUACUGCUUGGAUCGUCGUGGCGAUGGUAGCCUGGGAAGGUGUACCAACCCAUGAAGCCGAUCGGAUAUAUUCCCUCCUGAGCCAUAAGUUGAAUCGAUUUGGUCUUCCAACGACCAGAAGAUGUGGAACGAACGAACCGAGAACCUGCGCCUGUCAAGGCCUCGAUCCUGAUACUUGCGGUGCAAGCUUUUCCUUUGGAUGUUCCUGGUCCAUGUAUUAUAAUGGUUGCAAAUACGCCAGAAGUAAAACCGUCCGUAAAUUCCGACUAUCAGUACGAUCAGAGGAGCAAGAAGUCGAAGAAAGAAUGCACGUCCUAGCUACGCUUCUGUCGCCUCUGUAUCUCAGCCUUGCACCGGAAGCAUUCAACAAUCAGACGCAAUUCGAACGGGAAGCGAGCGAGUGCCGUUUAGGAUUCAAACCCGGCCGACCGUUUUCCGGUGUCACGGCUUGCAUUGACUUUUGCGCGCACUCGCAUCGUGAUCUACACAACAUGAACAAUGGAUGUACCGUGGUGGUUACCUUGACGAAACAUCGCACUUUAUCAAAACCUGAAGACGAACAGUUACACGUACUUCCGCUUUACAUCAUGGACACUACGGACGAGUAUGGGUCGAAAGAGGGACAGGACGAAAAGGUUCGGGAUGGAUCUGUAGAAGUAUUAACAAAGUAUCCCUGCGAAGUCAGAGUUCGAUCGGUUCCGCUGCAGCCCUGUAGGCGACAUGGUAAAAAGAGGAAGGAAGACGAACCGGACACGGUGAGCAACAAAAAAGACGGUUCAAAGAAUACAGGGGAGAAAAUGAACGAGCAAGGUCGUGUACCGGGUCACCAAGAGGCAGCGAAACCGCAAAUGAGGGAUGCACAGCUCUCCCUGGAAAUGGCGUCCAUGUUCGAAGGGAUGGACGCGCAGUUGCAGAGCUCUCAGGUAUCCUCUACCGUUCUUGACAGUCCGGUGUCCAUGUAUCAAGGUUGGGGUUAUCAGAACGAACAACAGUGGGGUAGAAACGGUUGGCUCGAUCAACGAAAGAACAACUGGCUGAAUCCAUGGGGAGAGUAUUCCUUCGGUGGUUUGGACAGGGAAGCUAAAGUUGACCCAGAUAGUACCAGUCUGGAUGAUACAAGGCCUAGGAGCGCCGUUUCUCAGGACGACCAUCGGCCAGGCUCACGAAAUUUACCUAAUUCCACCAUAGACUCGCCAAGGAAUUGUUAUCCUCAUUCGCCGAGAACUCAUCCAAUUUCACCAAGGAGUUCUCACGCAGGUACACCCGGGGACGUUUGUUAUUCGAUGUCUCCCAGAGGUUGUCCUCCCACACCACACGAUCAGAAGAUAGCUUCGCCAAGGAGCUCAGGGUAUCCUGACACCGGUUACACCCACGUGCCCACAUCCAGAAAUUAUAACGUGUACGACAACAGGCAGGGUAGUGCAUCUCCAAAGACAGGCUGUACAAAUUUCCCGCCUCAUUUGGAUCAAAGAAGCGCUCUCGGCCGUAACCACCCGCAGCACAUCAACGCUCUUCGACAGAGUUGCGAACAGUCGAAAUUCCCCUUCUCGAAACCUGCGCAUGAUUCUAGUCAGCAAAAGUACCAUAUGACGCAGAACUACUUAGAGGCUCAAAAGUCGCAGACCGAACAGUCGUUCACCGGUAGAAUACAAGGUCACUACCCGUCGCAUCCUGUCCAGUCGGUCAGAAACCAUCCUUAUCAGAAUCAACACGAUUCAAACAUGGACGUGUACCCGGGGCUAUCGGCGGUAUCUCCCUGCAUGGACAACGCUAGUCAUAAAGCAUUCGGUGCUACGAAUCCGGAUCUGUUGCUUCACAGCUCGUCGCAUCUUCCACCGAAUAAUCAGCAAAACGGUGCUCAGAAUUAUAGCCCGGUUGAUCAAAGGAGAUAUAAAACGCAGAAAGUACCGGAACAGAGGAUGCCUGGAGUGAAUCACAUGUCGCCAGCUCCCUCUGAUCAAGCGGGUGGUUGGAACAUGCUCGGCUCCUGGUACCCUGAUCAAUCUAAACCUUACAAUCAACAAAUAAUGUACAACGAUCAAAUUGCUUCCGAGAGAACUCAUCAACAACCUGUAGAUCAUCAGAAAACUCUGAACUGGAACGAUAGAAUACCACAUCCGGAUCAGCCGAAGCCACCCUGUUGGGAAGCACCUCCGGAUCCUUCUCCCUUCCGAGUGCCAAAAGGAAGACCACCUUCGAGGACAGCGUCGAGCCAGAAUCCGAAUGCAGACAAUACAUAUCAAAAUUCUUCCAAUAGGACGUUUCUGAAACCUCAAGAACCGAUGCGAACCGCCGUUUACGCGGACAGUCUGAGCAAUGGAGUGCAAAGUAUAGGAACGAUGCAUCAGAGUAAUCAACGGAAACCAGAAUGGCCGGAGGAGAACAAGAUAAAGGAAGGAUUCCACGAUAACAGACAGAAUGUAGCGAAUCCAAACUCCAACUGUUUCCCAUGGCCAGAAGAAAUGAAGCAAGUGCAAGACUUCCACCCAGUGCCAGCCUUGGGACAUCCUCACGCUUCCUUCCCCCAGUACGGACCAUAUCCAACGUACCCAGUAUUCGAAAAACCUUAUUCUAAUUCGUGGGAAGGUUACAAUUAUCAUCAGACUCCGUAUCAUCCUCAAACACCAGAGUACCCACCACAGUUUUACCAACAACCAAAGAGAGAAGCCUUUGUCCCAUCGCCACAGUAUCCUUAUCAAGGUGUACCUCCCUAUCAGGGUUUAAAUCCUGGUUGGGCCAGGUGGGAGACACCCAGAUGGGACAUUUACGGACCACCACCGUACUUCCCGGUGCUACCAGAACCACCGCCGAAAGCAGAACCACUCGGGGAGGUGGCGGACUACUCGGACAACGAGGAAUGCUUCAAGGACUCGCAGAUGGGAGGAGUGGCGAUAGCGCUGGGUCAUGGUAGCGUACUCUUCGAGUGUGCAAAACACGAGAUGCACUCCACCACGGCCCUGAAGAAACCGAAUCGUCUCAAUCCGACCAGGAUCAGCCUGGUCUUCUAUCAGCACCGUAACCUCAAUAGACCGAGGCACGGUUGGGACGAGUGGGAGGAAAAGAUGCGUCUAAGAAAAUUAGGCGUAACUAGCACCACCGGCACGACCGCCAUCACCACUUCGUCGACCACAUCGCAGUCAUUGUCCACACCAUCGACUCCGACCAGUCCUGCCAGCGCAAUCAACGAAAAAUCCAUACCGCUUCCUUACAUACCUCCUGUUCCAAGCUCUCAGUUCAUGAUGAGAUCACCGACAUACACCACCAUGACUUGGACCACGCUCUUCCCCAUGCAUCCGUGCAUGAUAACCGGCCCGUAUCAAGAAGGAGGAGCCAUUGGAUGAGUAACCGUCGGGGGCUACGGUUCAGAUCGAUGACCAAGAACCGUGCCAAGAGUCGACCGAGCUAUCUCGUCAGGCUGAUGCGCAGACCAUGUUCUCGAUGAACGCGAAACGAAUCGCGAGGAUCAGAGAGAAAAGACGACAGAAACUAUCAAGGGGAUCAAAGACCAAAUGAAAAUAAUCAUAGUAAUAAUAAAGAAAAAAAAAAAAAAAGAAACGACAAACCGUCAUCACGAGGGGCUUUCUAUUCUAAUUAUCAUCAUCGUCCUAGAUGAGUAGAGGUUGUUUACCGACGAAACGAGGAAAACACGUUUGCACUGCCAUUUUUCUAUUUCAUGUUUUUGCGGGGAGUAUAAUAAACGUUACACAGAAACGGGAACGACAGUAACAAAGACGAAUCGAAGAGAGGUGGAAACUGGUUCGCAUGCUGAGAUAUAAACGUCGUACGGGAUUCAAUUCUAAUCGGGGCUUCCCUUUUUAUAUCGAUCUUUUACACGAAUCACAUAAGAUGUUGCGAGCGUACUGACACAAGAGACGAAUGAUCAACGUGGAUUUAUACGAAGAAUGAAGAAGAAGAAGAAGAAGAAGAAGAAAAAGAAGAAGAAGAAGAAGAAGUAGAAGAAGAAUAUAUCCGAUCAGACAGAAACUUUGAUCGAGGAUGGAAACAACAAGUUCAAUGAACUAAAUAUGGAUAGAAUGUUAUGGAAACGAAGGAAGAAUGUAACGCAUCCGAUUGUAUAUUUUUAAACGGUUUCGUGUUUGUUGGUAGAGACGUAUAAUUCGUAUUUAGCUAGUCCAAGCCUAGACGACAGGUUUUUAUCGCGACGUUACACGGAGUGGCAAACAUGUAACGCUAACUUGUACGUUGUACAAAGCUGGAUCACAUUGUAUUUAGAGUGACGCAGAGACACGGUUUUUAUCCGCGCAUUCCUUUUAUUUUUUUUUUUUUUUAAACACGUACCCUUUUUGUCGCAUCCAUCCACCCAAUCGACCAAAUUGUCCGUUCGAUCAACACCAUAGGUUUUACACCCCCAUUCCUCACCCACACCCUCCACCUUUUCAUCCAUCCAACCACCUUUUGAGCAGCGUUAGUUUCGAAUCGAUUCUGUUUUUGUACAGGUCAUCAUGCACAAUCUCGAGACGAGACAACCGCGUUUUUAAAGAAACAAACUAUUGCGGUGGUUCGCCAUAGAUACACGUGACACACACGUACAUAUAUAUUAUAUAUAUAUAUAGACACAAGAAAAUGAUCUCAAGUUUUUUAUGCUAAUUAAUUAAACGAUAAUUAUCGACGUUUGAUUCUUUUUUUCUUCUCUCUCUCUCUCUCUUGCUCUGCUUUUUUUCUUGUACACUACUGUUUCUAUCUACAGCGAGUUAGAAAAUUAUUUGCAAUUUGUAAAAUUAUGCUUGCAAGUUUUUAAAAAUUUGUUGAAAUUAACCCUCGAAUGGUGGUUGCUGGGUGACUCAACGAAGAUGCAGCUCUAAUCAUGCACUCAGAUUUUUAUAUAUUAUCUUUUUUAUAUAAUACGUGAGAGAUUUGUACAUAUUAUCUUAUGUAGUGUAUUUAGAAUACAGUGCACUAAAGGGUUGAUCUAUUUUACGAAUCAGAUACUAUUUAUUUAGAAUCGCAACUUACAAAUUUAUUAUAUAAUUUUUAAAUAAAAAAGAUCCUUGAUUAUCUUAUGCGAAUAAUUCUCUGAUUCACUGUAUUUCGUUUAGUUUUUGUUCGCCUGUUGUACAUGUUGCGCUUGUUAAUUCAUCGUAUUUAUUAUGUUAUUUUGUCACGAUUGCACGUGUUUGCACCCGUAGAUCUAUUUUUACCGUCACGUUAAAAUCCUCUAUACACACGUACAUACAUUACUAAUUAAUUAAUUCUCGUCCUUCGGUUCGAUCGAGUACAAAAACACAAAAUAAUAUUAUCGUAUCGUGAAAGGUACACUUUCAAAGUGGGAUGGUGCCGUCUUCUUCGUCGACUACGUUCUUCCGACUGUCUAUUCCAAUCCCUAUUGUAGAAUUAAUCGACAUUAUGAAGGAUCGAGCCCUCUUUCGAGCCAGGAAGAUAGCUUUUCGUUCGCUAAGGAAAGAGCCAAGCGAGUCUAGAGAAGGAUGGUUUCGAGUCAGAACCAAAAACGCGUCUUUCGAACCGAUCCCUGUUUUUUUGUCAUUGUAAAUAAUCCAGCCAGUAUCAUUUUAUCUUCUGAUAGGACCCAGUGAUUUUUUCUUUUUUAUUAUCGUCAUUCAGGUUGCUCUUCGAUCGUUUGUCGUAGCUCGAUUUGAAAAAUGAAUUGGAAUUAUUAACCCUUUCGGGACAAGGGUAGAAAUGAAAUUAGUUCAAAUAUUUAUUUCAAAAUAUUUCCAUGUCUUACAUGGAACGUUUAAGGUUUAUUUAUACAUAUAUCGAUGGGUCGAAUGCGGGCCGAGAUUGGAAUGAUUGAACUGUGAAUGGAUCGCGAGUGGAUCAAAGUGUAAAAAUGUCUAAAUAUUUUUGCGUUCAUGCUACAAUCAGAGAUUAUGACAAAAUCUUAUUAACUCGUAAUUGGACAGUAUAGUCGUUCCAAAUUUGACUCAUGCUCGAUUCGUCUAGGCGUCUAUAGUACCGAAAGGGUUAAAGAUAUAACGUCGUGCUUUCGAACAAACAAAAGAAGAAGUUCCAUUUGUAAUUGAUUUACGAGGGAAAUAUAGAUACUCUGUUUUUUUAAUUUUUGUUUUAAUUGUUUGCCUUUCGAGGCUUCGAGGCACGACGCUGCCAGCCGGAAGACGAGAACGCGUGCCGGAAGUGCGUUGUGAGGUGUGUCGAUAAAGGACGAAAGGGAUGAAAAUUGUGGUUGCUCGAGAUCGAUGGAUCGAUCGCGGCGCUAGAAAUGAAGGGAGGUGAAAAGACGCGUCCAACCCCUCGCCCAUCGGAGUAUUAAUAAGAAUCAUUAAUAUAUUAUCAUUCAUUAUUAUCAUAACGUAGUUGUAAUAAUAAUUAUUAGCGGCAAACAGUAAUAAUUAGUAAUAUAAUCUAAUUUAAUCUGAUUAUUUAUUGAUUAAGUUCUGACGAGAUGAACGCGUUGUUCGAAUUUUAUUUGCUGCUCUUAUCUUUCCUUUUUCUCUCUUAUCUCUCCUUUCUAAUUUUUUUUAUUUGUUUGUUUCAUUUCGAGCAGGAAGUACCUCUUCUUUGCACUUUCUUCUUUCGCUUUAUUUUGUUUUAUUAUUAUUUGUACAUUCUUUCGAGCACAAUCGCGAUAUCAUCGAUAGCAAAAGCUCGGGCCUUUUUAAACGCUAGUCGUCCCUUCUGUUAUCUCUUUUUAUCGUUCUUCGCUUUAUCGUACGGCGACUUCAAAGUCCCUGAGUUUUAAACAAAGGAAGGAUACAAUCAAGAGUCGACUAAUUGAUCGAUUCGGUUAGAGAUUAUUUUUAACGAUUCGUCGAGCACCGUUCUUCGAUCAAUUCCCCCGAGAACGAAAAUCGAUCUCAACCAGUCAAUUAAAAUUCUCAACGGAGAAGAAUUCAUCCUGGGAAUCAUUGAAUUCAAACUUCUCUAUUUUUGAUCCAUUUUAAGCAACAAAAUAAAUUUCGCCGUUUCUCAACUUCGUCAUCCCUUUCUUUUUUCUCCGCAAGAAAACGUUCCGAUCGCAAUACUCUUCUUAUUUCUUGCGGCCAUUUUACCGGAAGCAUUUGCUCGCGCGACAACAAAUUUCCAUGGUGACUUCCGGUUCGAUUAAACGCACGCCGUGUGCGAACAAACACUUCUGGUAACCAAUUUCACGAUGCUUUCAAGCGCUCCAAUGAUGAUUAAUUAAGAAUUUAAUUAACUUAUUAAUCGAGGUAGAUGAAAUUCAUAAAUUUCUUAUUUUUAAUAUUCUAAAAACUGAAAUUUGGAAAUUAACCAAACACACUGUUAAUUAUAAUAAGGAGCAAUCGUCAGCAUUGAAGGAGCUGUAUUUCUUUCACAAUUCGUACACGUUUCUUUCCUCGAUCGCGGUCUAUAAUACGUUUAGAACACAGAGGCAAGGUUUCUUUUCUCUCGUCGACUUCCGGAAUCGUGCUUGUCAUCAAACUUUGCGUGAGUGAGUGGUGCAUGAGAUACAUAGUUACGGUACAUUCAAACAGGGGUGGAUCCGGUAGCCCUGCUUGAAACUAGAGGGAUGAAAUAACUUUUGUUUUACAAAAUUUAAAAUUUUCACAUUUCACAUGAAAUAUAAAAGGUAUUAAAAUCUAAUAAAAUUAAAGUAUUAAAAUACUAAUUUUUUUAAGGUUUCAUAGUUCUUUGGAUCCGCCACUGUGUCCAGAGUCGCGAGGAUCGUGUCGACCGUACUACCCUCGUUUGAAAUAAAGAUAGAAAAAGGCUCGUUGUCAUCGCUAUUUUCCUUUUUCUUUAUCUAAUACGCGAACGUUGUGUCGCGACGAUGCCAAAAUAGUAUUAAAAAGAGAUAAACAUAGGUAAUUAGAGCGAGUGACGAGAGGUAUCACUCACUAGCUGUUGUACGAAAUGAUAAGAAAGGGGAAAUAACACGCGAGAACGAUGCCGAUUUUUCUGUUUCGAAGAGAGGACACAAAGAAACGGUUCGAAAGAAGGUUUAAAAGAAAUAGAAUGCAAGUUUCGAAUUGUAGGGAUGAUAACGAUGUACGAGUGAAGCGAAAUGAGAGAAGAAGAAAAAAAAUAGAAAGAAAGAGGUUGAAAACUGUAUUUUUUCUUCCAAUGCCAAAAAGAUGCCAUUUUGUUUUGUACGAAAAAAGUUAUGAAAAAUCUACAAAAAAAUAGAAGAUGAGAGAGAGAGAGAGAGAGAAUGUGAGACAAGCAGACGAUGGAGGAAGAGUGUAGGUGUAACGGAAGUGGAAGGUUGGAGCGAAACGAGAGGGUGAACAAAUUUUUUAAAUAGUUUGUAGCGAGCGUAUAUUAGAUGUAAUAACAAUUGAAUACAAAUACAAAAAAGGAACACAAUCAUAUAUACACGUACACACACGCAGAAACACAGAAAACAAAUAUACUUCGAUGUAUAUCUGUCUGGUGAGAAUGGUAAUAUAGUAAAAACACUUGUCCGCCUUAUGAAGCAGAAUUAACAAUAGAUAAUUGAUCGAUAAGAAUCGAGAAGGAAAAGCAAAAGGAGAAUAAAGUAAAGGUAAUAUGAUUAAUUAAUGGUAAAAUAAUUGUAGUUUGCCGUAACGCAGAGUUUUGUGAACGGAAACGAUGGUGGAACGGAAACGUAAAUAAAAAAUUGUAGAGUGUAA